UGAUUUAUGAUUUGUACAGGUAGAGAAACAAAUGGAAAAAAAAAACGAGAUUUAAAAUUUUCUUUCUUGUCCUCCCAAAGGAACCAAAAAGCUUUGGAAGGCUAGAAGAACCAAAGUAAAGCAUUUGCUUUGAAUUGGUUUGAUUAUGGGUGAAGAAGAAACGAAGACUGAAGUCCCUGACCCAGUGGCUAAUGGGACUGCUCUUCCAGAAAAAUCUGUUGAAGUUGCAUCUGAUAAAAGAGAGGAAGAAGAUAAUGGGGUAAAGGAAAUGGAAGAAGAUGAGAAAAAUGAUGAGAAAGUUGAGACUGAGAAGAUGGAUGAAGACCAGCAGGUCAAGGAAAACAAGGAAAGCAAAGAAGCUGAAAGUGAAGCAAAGGAGGAACCUAAAAUCGAUGCAAUGGAAGAAGAAACUGAUGCAAAAGAAGAUGUCAAGAAAGUUGAGGAGGAAAACAAAGAUGAGGCAGAUGAGUUGAACAAAGUUGAAGAGGAACAAGAAGAGAAGGCUGAAGAUGAAUUGAAAGGAGAAGAUGAAGAGGAACAAGAAGAGAAGGCUGAUGAUGAAUCGAAAGGAGAAGAUGAAGAGGAGCAAGAAGAGAAGGCUGAUAAUGAAUUGAAAGGAGAAGAUGAAGAGGAACAAGAAGAGAACGCUGAAGCUGAAUUGAAAAGAGAAGAUGAAGAAGAACAAGAAGAGAAUGCUGAAGAAAGUGAGGAGGAAAAAAGUUCAAAGAAGCGAGGGAAAGUUAAAAGAACUGGGGAGAAAGUUAAAGGGAAGACAAAAAAGUCAGAGGAGAAGAAGGAGCCAGAGCAAAGAACUCCUCUCACUGAUCGACCUGUGCGUGAGCGGAAAUCUGUUGAAAGACUGGUUGCAUCUAUUGAAAAAGAUUCUUCUAGGGAAUUCCAAAUUGAAAAGGGAAAGGGUACUCCACUUAAAGAUAUUCCUAAUGUGGCAUUCAAGUUGUCUAGACGGAAGACUGAUGACACUUUCAGGUUGCUUCAUACUGUUCUCUUUGGAAGGAGAGGGAAGGCUGUUCAGAUUAAGAGUAAUAUUUCCAGAUUUUCUGGUUUUGUGUGGCAUGAUAAUGAGGAAAAGCAAAAAAGUAAAAUAAAGGAGAAGUUAGACAAGUUUAAUAAAGAGAAAUUAUUGGAGUUCUGUGAUGUGCUUGACAUACCGGUUAUGAAGGCUACUACAAGGAAGGAAGAUAUCAUUUCAAAGUUGAUAGACUUUUUGGUGGCCCCUCAUGCUACCACUACUGUUCUACUUGCAGAAAAAGAAAAGUCAAGUAAGGGUACAAAGCGCAAAAGGGCUACAAAGUCUGGAACUACAUCUAAACGGUCGACAAAGAGUCAAAAACAGAGCGGCGAUACUCCAAAAUCAGGGAAAAAGAACACUCCUGAUUCAGAGGAUGAAUCUGAAGAAGAGGAAGAGGAAGAAGAAAAGGAAGAGGAACAGAAUGUAGAAGAGAGAAAUGAAAAUGGAGUUGCCGAAAAAUCUGAGGACGAGAUGCCCAAGGAUUCUGAAAGUGAGGAGAAAAAUGAAACUGAAGACGAUUCUGAAGAAGAUGCAAAGAAGAAGAAAAAGAGUUCAAAGGUAUCAUCCAGAAAGCAGGAAUCAGCUGGAAAAGCUAAAACCAAGAAAGUCACAACUCCCAAAAGGUCUACCCCACAGAAAAGAACCCCAAAAGCAUCGUCGGCUAAAAAUUCAAAGGCUGAUGAUGGUAGUGAUGAAAGUCCUAGGGUGUCUUCAAGGAAGAAACCUCAAAAAGUCACCAAGGAGAAGCCCUCUACACCAGUGAAAUCUGCCUCCAAGGAGAAAACCAGCAAAAGAGUGGGAAUGGCGAAGGGCAAAGCUAAAGAGCAGAAACUGAAGCCAAGUGAUCAUGAACUAAGGGAUACAAUUUGUAAAAUUCUUAAGGAAGUAGACUUCAAUACGGCUACAUUCACUGACAUUCUGAAGCUUCUUGCACAACAUUUCAGUACCGACCUCACCCCGAGGAAGUCAUCGAUCAAGCUCAUUAUCCAGGAAGAGCUUACGAAACUAGCAGAUGAAGCCGAUGAUGAAGAUGAAGAAGGCGAUGCUAAGAAAGACGAAACCCAGUCCGCGGGACAAGAUGGAAUAAUAACUACACUGGAAAAUGAAAAGGUGUAGGUAUUGAUGUCUUGUGCCAAUAUGUACUUUUUAGCUAUUACUUAGCAGGUUUGCUUGUAAUCUAUUGUUGGUUUUUUCGAUGAGCAAAUUAGCAAUUAUCAAAUACUAGAGAGGGAAACUGGAGUCACCUAUCUGUGUUGCAGGAUUUGUACAAUCAAUUAACAUAAUCUGUAGUACUUUACUAUCAGAAGACCCAGUAUUUUGAGUUACAGAACAGAA